AUGUCGCCAGUCACACCCAAUCCGCGCACCUGGACGCUACGCUGCAAGAACGGCCGUAGCACGAUUCUUAUAGAAGUCGAUCCAUUGCAGAAGAUGCAAGGCGUGCGUGCUGAGCUACUCCACGCGAUUCAAGAGACCAAUCCGUCUGGCAGAUUCAAUGGCCAAGAUAUUCCCAAGAACCCAGACCUCAUCAAAUUUGGCAGAGCCAUCGAUCGCAACAACAUCAGCCUCGGCUUUGUCUCUAUCGACAGCGAGACUGCGGAAUCAGGUGCAGAAACGAGUGGCAAGGGCAAGGGAAAGGGAAAGAGCGCUGUCGGCACUCCGGCUUCAGUCAGCAAAGGCAAGGCUUCUCUAGGUGCCAUUGCCGAUUGCCCACAAGGCGCAGGCUUCAAAGACCGGGACGUCGUCGCGUUCAAGUUCGUGGCUGAUCACACUGCGCCUGAGGCUGGUGACGCCGUUGUAGACAUUGUGGAGCAAUGGGAUGUUGAUGUACCGACAAUUGAAGAGAUGUAUGGCGAGGAUGAGGUUCAGGAAGAGGGCAUAGACAUGGAAGAGGGUUGA